AGCUGAAAUAGCCAAUCGCGUCAUUCUUCUUCACGAAAGCAGGGAAGAUGGCGCAGGACAGUUCGGUGCCUAGCGAUCUUUACCAGCAUGUUUACUCGUUUCUCUUGGAAAACAAGUUCGCCAAGGCUGCGAAAGAGUUUUUAAAGCAGACUAAAGUGAAACCUCAGGAUCAGAAUGAGGACCGUCUCCAGGACAUCUUCAAUUUUUGGGUGAAGUCCCCUGAAACAAAAAAACGUAAAGCUGUCACUAAUGGCCCAGCAGCGGCCAAAGGUCCGUCAGCCAAGAAAGCAAAGAAAGAUGCUGAGAGUUCAAGCAGUGAAGACUCCAGCAGUGAAGAGGAAAAGGCUGCACCUGCCAAGAAAGUUGUGCAAGUAAAGGCUCCUGCUGCAAAGAAGCCCGCAGCCGCCACGAAAGCAGAGAGCAGCAGCUCUGAGGACUCGAGUGAUUCAGAGGAUGAAGCUCAGACUAAGGCUCCAGCAAAGAAACCUGCAGCAGUGAAACCUGCCGUUCAGCCCGCAUUGGCAGCCAGGAAAAAAGACACCAGCUCUAGCAGCGAAGAAUCCGAUUCAGACGAUGAACCUGCCAAGACUCCUGCAAAAGGAGCCAAACCUCUGGCUGUGACCUCUAAACCGGUGUCCACUCCAGCAUCUGUGGCUAAGAAGAAGCCGGAGAGCAGCAGCAGUGAGGACAGCUCUAGUGAUUCUGAGGACGAGGCUCCCGCUAAGAAAGCAGUAAAAGCACCUGUCCAAGUGAAGAAGCCACCAGCCAAACCUGCGGCCACUGCAGAGUCCAGCAGUGAGGAGUCAUCUUCCGAUGAGGAGGAGGCUCCACCUUCCAAGAAACCCAAGACUGGACAAUUCAGUGCUGUUCCACCUCCGAAAACACUGACAGCCGCUACUUCAGUCAAAGCCGCCCCAGUUAAGACUGUGACUCCCAAACCCGCUGCAAAAAAGGAUUCAUCCAGUUCAGAAAGCUCUGAUUCAAGCUCAGAAGAAGAUGCAAAGAAGCCAGCGGCCAAACCCGCCCCGGCUAAGGCAGCUCCAGCCAAGAAAGUGCCCACUAAAGUCGCCCCUGCUCAGAAAGACGACUCUUCAAGUUCAGAUUCAAGCUCUGAAGACGAAGCAGCAAAACCACCUGCAAAAGGCACACCUGCAAAAGGCACACCUGCAAAAGGCACACCUGCAAAAGGCACACCUGCAAAAGGCACACCUGCAAAAGCCACACCUGCAAAAGCCACACCUGCAAAAGCCACUCCUGCAAAUGCUAAAGCCACAGCUGCUAAAGUCACCCCAGCUGCAGCUGAGUCUUCAUCUUCCAGCCCUGACGACUCCGAUGAAGAGGAGACCAAGAAACCAGCUGCUAAAGUUGUACCGGUUAAACCUGCGCCAGCCAAGAAAACCCCAGCUAAAGUCACGCCUGCUGCGAAAGAGUCUUCAUCCAGCUCAGAGGACUCUGAUGAGGAGCCAGCCAAAAAACCAACUCCAGCCAAGGCUGUUUCUACUAAAGCUACCCCUGCAAAGACCACGCCUGCUAAGUCACCUGCUGUGAAACCUGCAGCUAAACCAGCUGAGAGCAGUUCCGACUCAGACAGCUCCUCAGAUGAAGAUGAGGAACCUCCAAAGAAAGCUGCAGCCACCCCAGCCAAGACCACCCCAGCUAAACCUGCUGCAGCUAAGACCACCCCAGCUAAACCUGCUGCAGCUAAGACCACCCCAGCUAAACCUGCUGCAGCUAAGACCACCCCAGCUAAACCAGCUGAGAGCAGUUCUGAAAGUGACAGCUCUGAGGAUGAAACUCCAGCCGCUAAGACGACUAAACCGGCAGGCGCCCCUCUAAAGAGCUCUACACCUGCAGCCAAAGCACCUGCUCCAGCGAAAAAGCCAGCGGCAAAGUCCAGCAGCAGUGAUUCAGACAGUUCAGAUGAGGAGGAGGUCAAGAAACCACCAACUCCCAAAGCAGCAGCGCCCGUGGUUAAGUCCGCCUCAACUCCAGCUAGCGCAAAGAAGACUGAGAGCAGUAGCUCUGAAUCGUCUGAUAGCUCGGAUUCUGAAACGGAGGCAAAAAAAACUCCUGCCAAACCUGUAGUUGUCAACGGAAAGGCUGCAACUAAAACCCCCACCUCUGCAGCGAAGACCCCAGCCAAAAAACCUGCUGAGUCUUCCUCUUCAAGUGACAGUAGCUCUGAUGAAGAUGAGCAGGUGUCUAAAACACUGCCAGUGAAAACUCCGCCCGCUAAGAAAGCACAGGCUGCUAAGAAAGCACAGGCUGUUAAAGAGAAAGCAGAGAGCAGCUCAUCGGAUGACUCUUCAUCUGAGGAAGAGGCAGCAGCUAAAACUCCUGCCACACAAGGCAAAAAGGGCAAAAAACAGGAGACACCCAAGAAUGAGAAAAUUACAACUUCCACACCUCAGACCUUUCCUAAAGUCAAACAGAAGGCAAGCAGUGCUCCUUUCCGUAGAAUAAGAGACGAAGAGAUUGAAGUGGACCCUCGUUUAGCGAACAACUCUUUUGAUGCAAAAAUGGGAGCCAAUGGAGACUGGGGCCAGAAAGCCAACGACAUUCUUAGACACACCAAGGGCAAAUCUUUCCGGCACGAGAAGACCAAGAAGAAGCGCGGCAGUUAUAGAGGCGGCGCCAUUUCCACCUCGGUCAACUCCAUUAAGUUUGACAGCGACUGAGAUUCAAACAAAACAGACUUUUAGGACUCUACUUUUGACUCUUAUCUUUCUUUGCAGUAUUUGCUCUUUCUGUCCUCCUUCUGCUGAUGUUCUAUCUGUUCUGCAGUCGGUAUGUUUCACCACCAUGAGUUGAAGACGUGGACUGAGAUUUGUGAUCAGAUCUACGGUUGUUGAUACAUUUUAUGCUCAGUGUUUCAUGCGGUUAGACAUGGCAACCACACGGUGGCGCCAGUUCAUCGCGUUAUGUCAGUAAAAGCCUUUUGAUUGUUUUCCAUGUAAAAAGACAGCUGGCUUUUAAGUUGGUUUUGACAAAAUUAUGUAUGAUUGUUCUAACGGUCAUUUGUUGAUUUUGUACUAGAUAUGUAAUCUUUUUUUAUGUGAUAUCCCUUCGUUGGGGUAAUUGAGGAUUAAUGUUAAACUUUGGUCAUGACAAUGAUUUGUGUAAUUUUUAUGGAUGCGUUAGGUUGAACCUUUUCAUCUUCUCAUUUAAAGCCAUGUAGGUAAUAACUCCGCCCACUUCAGUUUCACUGACACUGGAAUAUCAUCCUUGAAAUGGCAUGCGACUCAUUUAUUCUUAUUUGGUUUUAGUUUUAGUUUUAUUCACUCAGAUCUGUGUUAAGCAGGAUUGUGUAAUUUAUAAAACCUUGACUGAUGGACCUCAACUGACCUUGAUGCGGUUUUUGACUAUGGUUUUACAUGGCAGCAUGUGGUACAAUUGAACAUUAUCAUAAAUUGGGUUCACAAAAAAAAAGUUUAAGGUAAAGUUCUUUCUCAAAACCAGACUUUGCGAUUGCCUGAGGACAGUUGAAUUGAAAUCAUAUUGUGAGCUAUGUACAGUGAUGCUGCUUUGUUCUGGGCCCCUUGUCUAAUUUCUAGUCUGUGCCCCUUGCGAUCUCCCCUCCGUCUCUUCCAUCGGCCGUCCGCAGAGGCGAAUAUAUUUGUCUUAAAAAUAUAAUUGUACAAUUUUCAAUUAAAAGAAUAGUCAAUACA